UACACCAUAAUUAAUUUUACGAAAUCAAUAAUUAUUAGUAAAUAAUUUUGUCCAUAAAAACUAAAACAUGCGUAAAGAAUCACAUAAUGUUUGUUGUCUCCACUGCCAUACUAUACUUGUUGAAAACUUGGCCAAUGGUGUGUGCAUGUAGAUAAUAAAAUUACAAGCUUAAUUAAUUUGUUGCUCUAGAAGUUGUCAAUUUAUUACACUCCUAUAUCAGCUCAAUUCCACUACACUACUUGAAGUAACUAAUAUUCCGAGACAUGGAAUAAAAGACCAAAAUUUUUAGUUUAUGAACAAUGAAAGAAUCCAAUAAUUCAUUUCAAAUAAAAUUCAUAAUGUUAACUCGCUCGUACUUUUCAAAAAUACAUCCAUAUUAAAUCUAUUAAAAUAGUGCAUUUUUUAGUAUCCGACAUGCACUGGUCCAUAUUUUGAAGACUCCGAACAACAUAAAUUAGCCCAUUCACCAUGCGUUAUAUGAAUUCAUUGUGCUUGUUCCGUUCUACUCGAUUAUCUUGUAAAUGGCUUACCCAAACUGAUCCAAUUGCCUACCAACUGUUCGAUGAAUUGCCUCAACGAGAUGUAGUAUCAGCUACAUCUUUAAUAAGCCAUUUUACUAGAUUGAACCAACACAAUAAAGCUAUCUCUAUGUUCUCAAAAAUGUUUGCGUUGAAUAUUAAACCCAAUGAGUUUACAUUCAGCGUUGUUAUGCAGUCAUCCGUGUUUCUCGAUGAUUCAAAUUUAGGAAAGCAGUUUCAUGGGGUUUCGAUAAAACUUGGGCUUAACUCGAAUGUUUACGUGGGUAGUUCGCUUUUGAACCUUUACGUGAAGUUAAGUAGCGUUGACGAAGCUCGAUUUGUUUUUGAGGAUACACAUGAACCAAAUGCUGUUUCGUACACGAGUUUACUAUGUGGGUAUCUUAAAGAAGAUAGGUUUGAUGAAGCGAUGGAAGUCUUUCGGGUGAUUCCAGAGAGGAAUGUUGUUUCUUGGAAUGCUAUGAUUAGUGGUUUUAGCAAGAAAGGACGUAAUGAAGAGGCUGUUGAUCUUUUUGUUGAGAUGUUGAGACGAGGUUGUGUGCCUGAUCAAUCGACUUUUCCUUCUUUGUUUAGUGCAGCUGCAAAUAUGGCGGUGUUAGGAAGGGGAAAAAGUUAUCAUGCUUGUGCUUUGAAGUACUUGGGUGAGGUUGGUGUGUUUGUGGGGAAUUCUCUUGUUAGUUUUUACGCGAAAUGUGGGAGUUUAGAGGAUUGUGUUCGCGUUUUUGUUGGACUUUGUGAAAGAAAUGUAGUGAGUUGGAAUGCUUUAAUAUGUGCUCAUGCCCAGAAUGGGAGCGGGGAAGCCGCGAUUGAGUUGUUUCAGAGGAUGAAAGAGGUGGGAGUCAAGCCAAAUAGUGUCACUCUUCUUGGUUUGUUAUUGGCGUGUAGUCAUGUUGGUCUUGUUGAUGAGGCCUAUACGUAUUUUGAGCAGGCAAGAACUCAGGAUGCUGAGCUGUUGAAAUCUGAGCAUUAUGCAUGUAUGGUUGAUCUGUUAUCGCGUUCAGGGAGGUUUCAACAAGCUGAGAAAUUUAUUCAGGAUUUGCCUUUUGAUCCUGGUUUAGGAUUUUGGAAGGCAUUGUUGGGGGGCUGCCAGAUUCACUCUAACACGAAGUUAGGGGAGUAUGCUGCUGAAAAGGUGUUGGCUUUAGAGCCCGGAGAUGUUUCAUCGUAUGUGAUGCUGUCGAAUGCACAUUCUGCUGCUGGAAGAUGGCAGAGUGUGUCCAUUGUAAGGAAUGAGAUGAGGGAAAAGGGAUUGAAGACGGUCCCUGGUUGUAGUUGGGUUGAAAUCAAAUGCAAAAUUCAUGUAUUUGUUACUGGAGACAAGAGACAUGCCCACAAGUCUGAGAUUUAUGAACUUCUUGGCUACUUCCUCGAGCACGCAAUGAAGAGUCAAGAAACUGAUUUUCUUCGAGAAUUUUGAUACAUAGCUCCACAAUUCAAUGUCCAGCGACACAACAUGGAAGGGAAAACGAAGAUGUCAUUGCCGCUCACCUUGUAAUUUUUUGAAGUACUACAGAAUAGAUAUCAAAUAUCAAUGAAUUUUAAAGAUGCAUUUGAAGGUACCUAGUCAAGUUUCUUGAGAUUGUGAGGUAUAUUGAGAAGUUAAAUGGGGAGAAACAGGGAGUAUUAAUUAAGUCUUUCAUUGAAUCCAUAUGGUUGUGAAAAAUGUUUACCCCUGUACCCGAUGUAAAUGGGCAAAAAUAAUGAAGUUAGAA